AUGUUCGAUAAGCUGACAAAAGAGCUUAUCGAUCGGGGACCUGUCGUUAUAGCCGGGGACCUCGGGCUGGUUGUAAGUUUGAAUUGGAGAGUGUGCGAGGCGUACAGCCACAGCGACCACCAAGCGAUCCGGUUCAUUAUCGGAAGCAAUAGUCAGUCGAAAGCACGUGUGAUCCAAUCAAACGAGCGGGGGUGGAAAACAACGAAGUUCGACGAGGGAGUUUUCGUGGAAGUGUUGAGGUGUAAGUGCAAUCACAUUGACUUCAGUGCAGAUGAAAUGGCAACGGCAUUAGCAAGAGCACAGACAACACAGUCAACAAGUCCAGGUAACAAUUUCACACAUGCCACCGUACUGCAAACAACCAUCGAUAAAGCCUAUGUGUGCGGAAUGUGUGACCAAUCAUUCCCCAAGAAGAGACAGCUGGCAGUUCACAAGCGCGUACAUGCCGGCACGCGACCGUACUCCUGUGAUAUUUGCGGUAAAGCAUACACCAAGGGUAUAAAUCUAAGCCGGCACAAACGGAUACACACCGGCGAACGACGGCACCGUUGUCGGAUAUGUGGCGGAGAAUUUUUCACUUCUGAGCAAUUGGAUCAGCACCGGCUUACCCAUAAAGAUCAGGCUUACAUUUGCGAUAUCUGCAGUAGGAAGUUUACCGAAAACAGUAGUCUCAUGCGACACAGACUUAUCCAUGCAGGUGAGAGAUCGCACAAGUGCGAUAUUUGUGGCAAAGAAUUCAUAACUAGUGCUGAACUCACUCGCCACAUGCGCAUGCAUACUGGCGAGCGUCCGUACAAGUGUGAUAUCUGUGGCAAAGGCUACGUAGAAAGCAGCAGUUUGAAACGUCACCAGCGUGUUCACAUCGAUAUGAAUCUUGCGGAUCAAAUAUUUAGUUGCGACAUCUGUGGUAGAAAGUAUCUUGAAUCUAAAGAACUUACGCAGCACAAACUUAUCCACAGCAAAGAUCGAGAAUUCAGAUGUGAAGUCUGGUGGUGGGUUUAA